UUAGUGCUUGCUAGCUUGCUGGUGGUGCAGAGCCUAGCAAGGGGAGAGAAACCGUGGGAGAAGGUAGAAUACGUCUGAUAUAAAAGAAGUAAAGUUUAAGAUCGAUAAACAUCUGGUAACACGGAAGAAGGAAACUGAACAGGUAUCACCAGCAACUUGGCAACAUCUUUUCUCUCCCCUGGCUCUCCAGUGUGUAAGGACACCGCCCACUAUUUAUACACACACUCAUAUAUAUAUCAUAUCAUAUCAUAUCUUAAAGUCACCUAGUGCCUCUUUACCUGAUAGAUUAUUUUCCCCUGCAUCUUCACCUGUGCAAAAAUUAACAGAACACCAGCAAGACAGAAGAAACAAAUCUCAAGUGAGUUUUCAACCGUUUGAGCAAAGUCAGAAGCACCACAGCUACCAAAGUUAACCAUCUUUAAAAGUUAACUGUAACUGUUAACUUUUAACUCUCCUUUAUUGAGUUGAUGCCCUCAGAAUCAACCAUAUCCAAGCUUCUGUUUAGUCUAACUCUCAAAACUCUUCAUUCAUCAUUCAUCAGCAUUGCUCUCUUCAAGUCAGUUAAUUGAAGAAAGCUGUAAACAGCACUUAGCACCAUUAUGGCCUCCAUCACCCAGUCGUCCGAGCCUGAGAUCCCAGACAACCACAAAGAGAGUUGGCUGGCGCUACUUUCUGCUGCGGAAACGUAUUGCCAAAAGUCAGGCUGCGACCUGGCCAUACUUACAGCCUGUAAGAAGUUCCGGUUGUCAGCUGGAGAAGGAGAUGGGUUGAGGAAGCGGGAGAGCAGCAGUGCCUUUCCGAGGGAGUGUGAUUUCUCCUACAGCGUAUGGGGUCAAGGGUUUCUGGCCGAGUCGGCGCGUCGCUACAUGGAUGACAUCGGCGUGCUGCACUCCACAACCAUGCUAACAGCCCAAAAGCACACACGCCAGGCUGGAGGGGAGGGAGGAACCAAGCUGAUGGUUGACCUGACCUCUGACCCUGGACACAGGGGGAACUUCACGGGAGACAGUGGGGUGGGUGGAGUCAGUCCCAAUGGCAGACUCUACUCCCAAAGCUACCCGUCGAUUUACAGCUCGGGAGCUGUUACCGGGCAGGGCGGCGGGCAGAAUGGUAAUGGAGAGAGGGAGAGAGAGAAGAGUGUGCUGGAGGCUGAGCGAGGGAGACAGAGGUCUGGGAUUGUGGAUUUGGAAGAAGAAUGUGAAGAUGAGGAAGAGGAGGAGGACAUGGAUGAGAGGAGACCCUAUGGGAAUGAAAGUGCUGGUGUCUUCUCGAUGGACGAGGACUCACUGUCUCGGGACUGUGAGCCGUUUUUUGAAUCUGAUGGGGAGGAGGAGAGCACUGAUGGCUCUUUGAGUGAGGACGCUCCUCCUCCAUCUCGUGGCAUGGCUAUGGGUCAGUCUGCGUACUCAUCCCGUCACGCCCACCCCAUGGCUCUGGCCCGCUCGCUGCCUGUGUCUGUGCCCGUGUGGGGCUGCAGAGGAAGCCGAGCUGCUCAGGGAGAGAGCAACAGUGGAGAACGGGUGGGCUGUGCUGACCUGGAGCACAUCGCUGCCAGUAUGAAAGCCCUGCUGGCCCCCGGAGCCACUGACGGGACGGAAAUGUUUGGGGCCCUGCCUCGGCCCCGCCUCAACACAGGGGACUUCUCCCUCAAGCACUGAGAGAGAGAGAGUGAGGCGAGCAGAGAGAAGAGAGAGAGAGAAAGGGAUAGAGGGAGCAAGUUAGAGCGAUAAAGGAAACGCGGGGAGGUGUUGUCCUGACGGGAGGGGGACCUGGACUGGCUGAUGUGUGACGUACAGUAUGUGAAACGGUGUAAAAGCUAGUACCUCCAUUUCUUUCUCACUAACCAAAAUUAACGGCACAUGCUUCGAGGAGUAACUGCAGAAAGAAAUGUUGUCAUGAACACUAGUAACAUUUUCAACACUACCCCCUGCCCCUGUCCCCGCCUCCACCCCCGCCACGUCACUACACAUUUCACAAUACUAGCGACUACACACACCCCCCCCCAAACACUACAUUAGGAUUGGACAAUCUAUUCCUUUAAAAAGGGGUAGAAACAAGAGAAAUGUCUGACUUAACGUGAAGCUUGUGGCUUUUCAAAAAUGUGAGCGGAGGACACCAGCACCUCCUCAUAACAUGCCUAUUUGUACUUUUACUUUUGCCAAUGAAUGACUGACUGAUAGAAUGAUUGUAAAUCAAUACUGGGUUAUUGGGGAUGGUAUUGUUUUUUUUUUUUUGUUUUUUUUUUUUUGUUUCUGGCUCCAAAUAUGUUGAAGUGACUGAAUGAAUGAGAAAGUGACUGUGUGUGUGAGAGAGAAAGAGAGAGAUGGGUUGAUUUAAAAGGAACAAAUGUCCAUCUCUGACGAAAACAAAUAAAUGUUCCGUUAAGUA